GGGGAGGACGGGGCGUGGCCUCAGGGUGGGCGGUCCCGUUCCCCUCCAUCUCCGCCGCCGCCAUGCCGUACGCCAACCAGCCGACGGUGCGCAUCACGGAGCUCAGCGACGAGAACGUCAAGUUCAUCAUCGAGAACACGGACCUGGCCGUAGCCAAUUCCAUCAGGAGGGUGUUCAUCGCUGAAGUUCCCAUCAUCGCCAUCGACUGGGUCCAAAUAGACGCCAACUCUUCCGUCCUCCAUGACGAGUUCAUCGCACACAGACUGGGUCUGAUCCCACUUACCAGCGAUGAUGUUGUUGAUAAACUGCAAUAUUCCAGGGAGUGCACCUGUGAUGAGUUCUGCCCGGAGUGCUCCGUGGAGUUCACCCUGGACGUCCGGUGCAACGAAGACCAGACCCGCCACGUCACGUCCCGUGACCUCAUCUCCAACAAUCCUCGGGUGAUACCGGUGACGUCCCGGAGCAGAGAUAAUGAUCCGAACGACUACGUGGAGCAGGACGACAUUCUCAUUGUCAAGCUGCGGAAAGGGCAGGAGCUGAGACUUCGGGCCUAUGCGAAGAAGGGCUUCGGCAAAGAGCACGCCAAGUGGAACCCCACAGCCGGAGUGGCCUUCGAGUACGACCCAGACAACGCACUGCGGCACACGGUGUAUCCGAAGCCCGAGGAAUGGCCAAAGAGUGAAUACUCUGAAAUUGAUGAAGAUGAAGCCCAGGCUCCAUACGAUCCCAACGGGAAGCCGGAGAGAUUUUAUUACAACGUCGAGUCGUGUGGCUCCCUGCGUCCAGAGACCAUCGUCCUCUCGGCGUUGUCCGGCUUGAAGAAGAAGCUGAGCGACCUCCAGACCCAGCUCAGCCAGGAGAUCCAGAGUGACGUGCUCACCAUCAACUGAUUCUCCUCUGCCUCCUGAAGCGGUCCCACUGCUGAGGAACCGGGGACAACCUCUUGCCGUUCUUAUAGAUCCAGAGACAUUUCUUUUACAGACAGCCUUCAGUGCUCCCUAAACCAAAUUGUCGUUUAUGGGACUGAGGAAAUAGUGUCAAGGGCAUUAAAGACAGCCCGGACCAUUUUCCUCAUUUCUUUUUUUCUUCUCAUCCCCCCCACUGUACUCUUUUGCUUCUUUUUACACACACACACACCUGUCAACAGUUUUCUUCCCAGCUUCUCGGUUCCGUGGGGCGGUGAGCGAUAAUAAACGUGCCCUGCCUGGCAGAUAUCCAGGUGACGCUACUGAUGUUUUAGAAUAUUUCCAUUUGCUCCUUUGUUGAAUAAAAGCCCUUUUCCUGGUU